AUAAGUCCUUUUCACAGGCUACCCUCAGAACAACCUCGGGAAUGAAAAGAAAAACUUGUUUUUAACAAGAAACAACCAAAGAAAAUACACACGAGAAGAGGAACGGAUUGUUGUAUUUUUUUUAUUCUACAUUUAUUCAUUGUUACUGAUUUUUUUUCUUUUCUCUCAGUUUACAUUCAUUUUGGGAAAACCUCAAAGAAGCUAAGGGAGAACAAAAGAACAUACAACUGUUUCAAGAAUUAAUCUACUUGUGUCUUAAAAUAAAGAAAACCUCACAAGUUGCUAUAGGAACAGGUGACACAGACCACCCAGGGGUUUAUUUGCCUGUUCCACAGCCUAUCUACUUGUAUUUUACAUUUUGACGCCCGCCGCCCUUCUACUAUGGUGAUAAUGGAAGUCCCCAGCAUCGAUGCCAUGUCCCUCCGCGGGCUGCUGGAGGGGGACGACCCGGGCUGUCUGGUCCUGGACUGCCGCUCAUUCUUCUCCUUCAACUCCUCUCACAUCCCCGGGUCCACCAACGUCCGCUUCAGUACUAUAGUCCGCCGGAGGGCCAGAGGGGGGCUGGGGGUGGGACACAUCGUGCCCAACGAGGACACGCGGAACCGGCUUCUCUCCGGGGAGUAUCAGUCGGUAGUGUUUCUGGAUGAUCGGAGUUUAGACUUUGGCCAAGUGAAGAAGGACGGGACUCUAAUGCUCGCCGUAACAGCUCUGUGCCGAAACCCGUGCGGGACUAGUUUCUUCUUUCUCAAAGGUGGUUUUGACACGUUCUCCUCGGAGUAUCCAGAGAUGUGUACCAAGCCGUCAGCUCCACAGGGACUCAGUCUGCCCCUUAGCGCCCGUCCAGACAGCGCCGAGCCCGGCUGCAGUCCAUGCAGUACACCGCUCUAUGACCAGGGGGGUCCAGUGGAGAUCCUUCCCUUCCUCUACCUGGGCAGUGCCUACCAUGCCUCCAGAAAGGACAUGAUAGACAUGCUGGGUAUCACUGCUCUCAUCAACGUAUCAGCUAACUGCCCCAACCACUUUGAAGAGUCCUUCCAGUACAAGAGUAUCCCUGUAGAGGACAACCACAAGGCUGAUAUCUCCUCCUGGUUCAAUGAGGCUAUAGAGUUUAUCGACUCCAUCCGUAAUAAAGGCGGUCGUGUGUUUGUCCACUGCCAAGCCGGCAUCUCCCGCUCCGCCACCAUCUGUCUGGCCUACCUGAUGAGGACCAACCGCGUGAAGCUGGACGAGGCCUUUGAGUUCGUCAAGCAACGCCGCAGCAUCAUCAGUCCCAACUUCAGCUUCAUGGGCCAACUGCUACGGUUUGAGUCCCAGCUCCUGGCUACUUCAUCCUGCUCGUCGGAAGCCGGGAGUCCUGCCCUAGGGAAGAGCAGUACGGUCUUUAACUUCCCUGUGUCUAUCCCCGUCCACGGCUCUGCUGGACACGGACAGCUCUCCUUCCUCCACAGCCCCAUCACCACCUCACCAAGCUGCUAAGGGGAAGAGUAGGAUCAGAUGGAGGGCUGUCUGUCUUAGCCUGGACUUGAACUGAACUGUCACUAUUGGUGUCGAGUCGUUGUGAAUGUACUGUCACAAUACUAGUACUGUACUGUAACAAUACUAGUAGUGUACUGUAACACUACUAGUAGUGUACUGUAACAAUACUAGUAGUGACAAUACUAGUAGUGUACUGUAACAAUACUAGUAGUGUACUGUAACAAUACUAGUAGUGACAAUACUAGUGCUGUACUGUAACAAUACUAGUAGUGUACUGUAACAAUACUAGUAGUGUACUGUAACAAUACUAGUACUGUACUGUAACAAUACUAGUAGUGUACUGUAACAAUACUAGUACUGUACUGUAACAAUACUAGUGCUGUACUGUAACAAUACUAGUACUGUACUGUAACAAUACUAGUACUGUACUGUAACAAUACUAGUACUGUACUGUAACAAUACUCGUAGUGUACUGUGACAAUACUAGUACUGUACUGUUACAAUACUAGUACUGUACUGUAACAAUACUAGUAGUGUACUGUAACAAUACUAGUAGUGUGCUGUAACAAUACUAGUACUGUACUGUAACAAUACUAGUAGUGACAAUACUAGUACUGUACUGUAACACUACUAGUAGUGUACUGUCAGUGUCGCUCAACUACAGGUGAUUAAUCAUUGAGUUUUGAAUAGACAUUGAGCUCUAGAACUGAUGGAACCCUUAUUGUUGCCCUUCCUGGUGUAAAGGUCAUAAAGAAGGGAUCCUGGCAUCACAGGACAAAAGGGCUAACUUUUGGAGAGACAAACCAAGUGGCCUAGUUUAUGGGUUCAAUCCACAGUUCUGCCCUAUCGCCUUAAAAGGAGUUUCUCUGGCUACCAAUAUGGCAGUAUGGUUAUCGCAGCAUCCUCUUCUGAAGGAGAAUGAUACCCACAGAUCUGCCUAGAAUACCUCAACUUAUAGGAAGAGACAGAGAAGUCAAUGGCUGAAGGUGAAUGAUACCCACAGAUCUGCCUAGAAUACCUCAACUUAUAGGAAGAAACAGAGAAGUCAAUGGCUGAAGGAGAAUGAUACCCACAGAUCUGCCUAGAAUACCUCAACUUAUAGGAAGAGACAGAGAAGUCAAUGGCUGAAGGAGAAUGAUACCCACAGAUCUGCCUAGAAUACCUCAACUUAUAGGAAGAGACAGAGAAGUCAAUGGCUGAAGGAGAAUGAUACCCACAGAUCUGCCUAGAAUACCUCAACUUAUAGGAAGAUACAGAGAAGUCAAUGGCUGAAGGAGACUGGGGGAAAGGGUCAAUUCGUUAAAGGAAGUUAGAAGUAUUUUAAUGAGAUGAAGAGAAGAAAUUGUAUUCAACUUUGUCAAGUAUGCAAAGUCAUUUAAAUGAGAGUGGUCAGCUUUACAUAAUCACAAUAACAAAAUGUACCUGCCACAACUCUACUCAAAAUGAGCAAGUAAACCCUCCCUUGGUCACUCACAGACAGUCAUAUGUAUUGCUACCAACUAGACUCUCGGGAAUCAUGAAUUACUUUCAGUGUCCCACAGCUUUGUUCACACAGAAACGAGCUGUCAUCCUGAGAGAAUCCUGCUAAUGCCUCGGCAAACGACGCAGGAUAAAUCACUCCUCAGGCUCUUUAUUGUUGACGAACAAUGAAUGUAUCUCUGAUCUCUGGCCAAUCAGCCAGCUCGGAGAGCGCCAGAAGGUUUAGUUUAAAGUGGAUGGGAAAGCCCCAUUCACAUGCAAAUGUAUUCCUUUUAUAAAACACCUUAAGACCCUGACGAUCCCGACAAUAUUGGGGGAACCAACCAACCAACCACCAGAUACCUCUGAAACACCACCAUGCCUUUGUAGUGCUAGCAGCUGUUAGCUAACACUAGCUCUGUUAGCAUCAUGAUAGCUCUGUUAGCAUCAUGUACCGUUCGUAUGUUAGCUCUGUUAGCAUCAUGCUAGCUCUGUUAGCAUCAUGUACCGUUCGCAUGUUAGCUCUGUUAGCAUCAUGCUAGCUCUGUUGGCAUCUUGUACUGUUAGUAUCAUUAGCAUGCUAGCUCUGUUAGCAUCUUCUACAAUUAACAUCUCUGGGAGAGAGUCAGAACCCCAAAGCACUAAGUCGGGGGAUCAGGCUCACCAGAGACUGCUGUCUGUCAUUACCUAUGUGAUAUUUAUUGAACUAAAGUAAUAUAUUUCUUACCAUAUAUAUUUUUGCAUAUGUUUGUUAGUAGUUGUUUUUGAUACCAUUUAAAUAAAUCCUAUUUGUCUUUUGUA